AUGACAUGUCCGCAAGAUGGCCACCCGAACGAGGAGGGGACAUUCAUGCAGGUGCGCGUGGCUGAUGAGUCGCAGAUGACUGCAGCCAUGGCCAGCGACUCCGAGCAGGUCCUGAAGAUUCGAGCUGCUGUGGGUGGCAAGGAGGAGCUUGCCAAGGAGCUUCAGAGGAUAGCGGGAGCCGAAAGCAGCUGUUUGACGGCCUAUCCGGGUCUCACGGACCUGGCCGAGGCUUUGCGCGGCAGCUUGGGUCAAGGCUCCAACUCAUCCCUGGCGAAAGCGCAGCAAACUCUUGAGAAGAUCCUCAGCUCCCACCAACGCGACGUGGAUCUAGUUCAAGGGCUGGGUCAGAAGUUCCUGGCCUGCACUGGAGAGCUGCUCAAGAGGACCCGGCUGGCUGUCCAAAAACUGUUCACCCUUUCCAAGCGCCCCCGGUCGGAGUGCGGAUCGACCCCUUGCCCAAGUGGCGUUCGCGAGUCGUAUUGCGCCGAGACGAGCAUCGCAUGCGGGAUGACAGACUGCUCUGGCACGACUGGCGGAGAGCAUUGCGAAAUCUGGAUUAUUGGGAAUACAUCUGGUGAUCUAGCAGCAGGCACCGAGAAGACACAACGCUGUGACACCAGGACGCAGCUUUUUGAAGGCUUCUGUGCUCAUUACGCGGAUGUGACGUCCUCGUGUGAGCGCUUCGAAGCCUGUUGGAAGGCCGCAGAACUCCACGUUCUUGCGACUGUAGAAGCGGUGCAGCUCAGCGUGUCGAGAAGGAAAUGCGCGUAUACUGCAACAAAGCGGAUGAUAUGCCACAUCGACAUCAUUUCAGACGUGGCCACUUUUGCUGCGGCACAUUCUGCAUCCGAACCGCCCACUCCUUCCAUAAAGAACUGUGCUGAACUGAGUGUGGACACCUCCAUACUCAACAUCACAUUUCCGCAGGACAGAACCAAGAAGGCUUCCUGUGAUCAGCCUGCUUGUUUUCUGAGCACCGACAGCGUCUUCACCAUGUCCUGUGACCCGGAUGGUUGCAGAGCAGUUGCAGCAAGCAGGGCCAGUGAUCGGCUCCUGGAAAUCCAGUCCUCAGAGGCUCCGUCCGAAGCUUCGAAGGACUGGCAAGGCCGGUGCUGGUUUUCGGGGAACUCCUCGGAACCUGUAUUACGGGAAUGUCCUGCGGAUUGCUUUGAGAUGCCGCAAGCUGAAACGACCCAAGUCCCUUCUCACGACAGCCACCACCAAAGCUACUAUGCGGGCCGACGUUGGCGGUGGAAAUGGCGGCCCCUAUUCUGGCGUCACCGACUUGGGAGGUCUUACCGCUAG